AUGACGCUGCGCUGGCUUAGCUACCGAUGGCCGCAAGACCAAUAGCAGGUCACGGCUGUCACGACUCACCAAGCCUGUUGAAAGCUCAGCAUUUCAUAAUUUUCUUUAUUUGACCUCAGCUUAAAUGUAAACAGAGUUACUAUGUAAAAAGCAUUAGGUAGUCACCAAGGAUGGAACAGGAUUUAGAACCUUUUUCGGCUUUAACAGACAGGGAGCCUGUUGUAGCCCAGGACCUGAAUAAUACCCUUUCACGGCUUUUGGGACCACCAUCUUCAAGGAAGCCACGGCCACCAUCGGCUUCUCAGGAUGAUAUGAAACGGAAGGUGUCCAGACCUGCAGGUGUUCUUCCGAGGCUCCUGCGUAGGGCACCCGCGGGCCUCCACGCAAAUCUUAGGGGACAACGAGAGUCGGAUACAGACGGUGAAGAUGGUGAACUAGCCGAGCCAAGUUACGGCACCAGUCCAACCGUCAAGCGAACCGGAGGCUCGUUUCAGGCGCCGCCAACGCUCACUCCUGAACAGCAGGCCCUGAUUUUUCGUGUCAUGCCUAGACCACGGCGGCAAUCCAACCACGAUUGGGAGAUUCAGAUGCGGCCGCCCUCCCCAUUCACCGCGCCUGCUAGCACGAUUUCCAGCCCCACGACCGCCGGCGCCAAUCCCCUGUCCAGGGGCCAGGAGCCGUCGUACGCGGUGUACAGCGUUGUACGGCGCAGGUCGUCGUCAUCGUGUCUUUCUGGCGACGGCUCGCCGGUGCCCACCGGAACUGAGUUGCAGCUGCAGCAUCAGCAGUCGCGGUCGCCGUCGCCGCCGCAGCAGCCAUCGCCGAUGCUGCUGCGGCAAGCCUCGACACAUCAGCUACAGCAACAGCAACAGGUUUCAAUGCUGCAGCGGCAGCCGUCGGCGGCCCAGCAGCAACAGCAGCCAUUGUUGCCACAGCCGCAGCCGCCAAUGCAACGGAAUAUGCAACGCCCAACACGGCCGAGCCAGCCAGCCUCCCCGCCCCACCCAGCCAUCCCGAAUCCGGUUGAGUUUGAACGUGAUCGUGGGAGCGACUCGGCCUUUACCGGCCUUAGAGCGACUGCCGUACCCCCUCCUAAGCCCGGGCUCUUCCGCAGCACGUUUAUACUUCCGGGCCCGAGCACCAGCGGCCCUGUGGCGGCGCCUGCCUCGCCCAAAAGUCCACUUAUGCCAGCACCUCGAAACGCUCCGCCGCCUUCGCUGCAGUACUGCAGCAGCUUUGGCCAUGGGCAGGUUGCUGCUGCGGUGGCGUCAGCGGCGCUUGUAGCCGUACCGCAUGUGGACUCGGCUGGAGCCAUCCACGGCAGCGGUGGCGGUAGCGGUGGCGGUAGCGGUGGCGGCUUCCGGAGCUCGUCACGGCGGUUUGGGGUUCAAGUGGGUCUCGGCAGGCAGGCUUCUGCCGGAGCGGCCCACGGUAUGGCGGCCGGGGCAAUGGCAACGACAGCGCAGGUGGGGGAACGCGGCAACGACGGCGACGAAGGCAGCAGAAGCGGCCCGGUGCUGCGGCAGCAUCUGCCGCCGUCAGCUACCCCCGAUUACUCGUGCUUCGGUCCAUCGCGACCGGCGACGAGUAUGUGGUCGCGGAGUGCCGGGGGCACUGGUGGCGGCAGCAUCGGCGGCGGCGGCGGCGGCGAUGAGCGUUGCGGCGCAUGGACACUUGUACGGCGGUCUUUCAGUGCGGUUGCCAGGAUCCCCGCUAGCGGUCCAACUGCUGUCCACGUCAGCACCAUCGGGGUCGUUGUGACGGAUUUAAACGAAUGCGGGUUAGAGGACGGCUCCAACGGCGGCGACGCCGGCACCGGCGGCGACGGCGGCGGGAGCAGCGGCGGUUGUGGAACACCUGCCACUCCUGACUGCGCAGGCGCUGAGAUGGACGGCGACGACGACGACGGCGGCGGCGGCGGCGGCGGGAGGAGCCCCAACGGCAGCCCCAGCGAGAUGUCGUAUUCCCGGGCCACCAGUUUCGGCGACCUGCUCAAGGCGUUCACUGAGGAGGGGUCGCUGAGUGUUGCUGCUAGGCAGCUUGCCGCCCUCCAUAGGGCCCAUGACAGGGCCCGGGCUCGGAGGAGCCUUAUAAAGGGACAGUCAGGCGACCAGGACACCCCGCCAGGCAGCCGCUCCAGAUCCGCCACAUCAGCACACCGCGGAUGA